AUGGCUGAUAGCACUAUAAAAAACAAAAAUACUAAUUUUCGCUUUGCUGAUGUUGGUACAUUACCAAAACACAUGUUGCCACCGAUAGAAGGUUAUCAGAAAAUGCCACUGGUGACGCUUGAGGAAGCUGUAGAACCUCUUGUCCAAAUCGUACCAAACGUCAAGCGCAGUGUAUAUAUAGUCAAACAGAACUGUCAAAAUCCAGAAGAUGGUUUAACAACUGACGAAUCGGCUUCAAUUAUGCUUUACACUUUUGAAUCGAUGCCAAAUGAACACUCUCUAUACGCUAAGCUUAACACAGCUCUACGCUCCGAUCAAAGACAAAUUUUAAAUCCAUGGUUUUUGUACCUUCGACUUAUACUGACAGCGCUUUCUCGUCUUCCGUCAAAGCGUCGUUCGGUUUUUCGAGGAGUUAAGAAAAACUUGUCGAGUGAAUAUAAAGAAGGUAUGCAUGUUAUUUGGUGGGAAUUUUCCUCGUGUACUUCAUCGAUCGAAAUGUUAGAAAAUGAGCAACUAUUCGGUAGGACUGGGAGCAGAACUUUAUUUCAAAUACAGUGCAAAACAGCAAAAGACAUUACAAAACAUUCAUUGAUGUCCAGUGAAGAUGAAAUACUUUUAUUACCUGCCACACAAUUUCAAGUCGAAGCCUAUCUCGAUUCUGGCAAUGGGCUUCAUAUUGUAGGACUCACCGAGCUGGACCCAAUGUUCAGUCUUCUUGAACCAGUUCUAUCGCCAAUCCAAGCGACUCAACCCUUGGCAAAAUGUUCAAUGACGUCUCAGGGUCAGUAA